UUUUCAAAUAUUAUAGAAAAGUUCAAAAAAUUUAAAAACUUCCGUGUAGUAGUAGUACUUAUAGCUUAAGCCACCAAUCUUUCGGAUCGUCAGUCGACUCCUUUACCAGAGUAAGGAAUAAAAGUUGGCCAAAGAAAUCAAAAGCUUUCUUAAAUUGUUAUUCUAUUUGGUACAAGACGUACUUUUGAUGGUCUGUUUUUGCUUUCUGGUGGAUCAGAGGUCAGUAGUAAAGCAGACUAAACCGUUAGCUGGCUCCUGUUCGAGAUGUGGCCGUAGUGCUCACGUUGCUGAUAUGUGUAGAGUUACAAGAUUUUGUUAUAUUCCUUUUUACUGGAAAUCUUGGAAGGCUAUUGUAUGUAGCUUCUGUGGUGCUAUUCUCAAGUCUUAUAGAUAACUAUGUGCCAUUAACUUAGGAGAGAUCAAUGGGAUGAGCAGUUAUCAUUAGCACGGAAUUUGCUUAUAACAAUAGUUUUCAGUCGAGUGUUUACAUAGUCCCAUAUGAGGUUUUAUAUGGGAGUCAAUGUCGUUUUCUAUUUGGGUGCUUUGAACCAGGUGAAAUGAAGCUAUUGGGUCCAGAUUAGUUCAGCAUGGUUCACCUUCUUUAAUUUUCCCCUUCAUGACUUCUUUAACUAUAUAUGGCUUAUAUUAGAAGUUAGGUUCCUAUUGUGGAUUUUCAGUUUUGUUUGA